GUCUCUGUCUAUACAACUCUCUCUAUAUCAAACUCCUGAAGCUGUCCAUAGUUACUACUAUGGCUUCGUGAGUAGCAGAACUAACGACAUGAAUACACUACAACUAAUCAUCCUGUUGGCCCAGCUGCUAACCUGCUCCUGGGGUGGGCUGAAGGUUAGCGUGAAGAAGACUCGUGCACCUGCCGACCUCGAAGAGAACCUCGACAACAGAAACGUCCAGGCAGCGGAGCCCAGUACAGUUCCGCCUGGUUUUCUUAGCCCGUCCGUAAAAGAGUACCUCGAGUUAGGGAAAUCCAUACCAGGCCGUCCCGGCACGGAUUACCCUGUUCUAUCAGCUGUACCAUACACAAAUUUUUACUGUGACUCGCAACCAUAUCCCGGUUUCUUCGCUGACAUGGAAACAAGGUGUCAAGCUUGGCACUACUGUGACAUUGAUGGUCGCCAAGCGACGUUCCUCUGUCCCAAUGGCACCCAGUUCUCCCAAGCAGUUUUUGUGUGCGACUGGUGGUUCAACGUGAGGUGUGACCUCAGCUCCGCUUUAUAUGCAAUUAACAGCCGACUCUACGGGACACCUAGGGAGGACCCUACACGACCACACAGACUCAUCACCAAAGAACUUCUACAAAACAUAUUCAUAUGAAUGUGUGUGCUCAAAGCGUUUAACAGCGCUAGCAAAUACAUUCCUGCAGGUAAAAACACACUAGGUUAAUAGUGAAGAAACGCCUAUUCCAUUAAUUCGACUCCAGAAAGUGAUAAAAACGCAUGCUCUUAAGGACCAACACUGAGUAGAAUAAGUUGCGGGUUACUGCCAAGAAAACAAUGACAAGCCGAGUUUCCUUUGGCGAAGAGGAUUAACUGAAUCCAUUCUGUGGUUUUGGCAGAUAAAAAAAUGACGACUCGGAAUACGAAUGAAAAGUUAUGUUUACGCUUCAUAACACCGAACUUUCAUGUCAGGAAAUGGAAAGUGUAUUUAAGCAUCAGGAACCCAGCACACUUUAUCAGUAUUUUAAUGAUACGAAACCGGGGAGGCUGAAAUAAGGCACGUCAGUGCGCAUCUGCAAUGCUACUACAUAUGGCGGACUGCUACAGCUGCGUCCCCGUACUUCCAAAUGUAGAUGUCACCUCAACACAGCCGCAAGGGAAAAGAAAGUUGACGGUUGGUUUUACUUAAAAACCAGCACAAAAAUAUGUACGUGGAGUUCAUUCUAUCUAGUCAAGUGCAUCACCACUGAAAGAAUAAACGUGGUUAAGAGUACUGGCUGAUCCAAUGUGUUAAAUUUGAGUAACGUUUCAAUGGACAGGUCAUAAAACGCUCAGAUGAUUAUGAAUGUUGUAUACUUGUAGGUAACGAGAGGACUGGAAAUAGGUGAUCGCCUUUUCAAGGUACUAUCCCAGAAUUCGUCUUGAAGAACUGAAGAAAACACUACAAGUACAGUGGCCCUUCCCAACUUGUUAUAUUCGAAGAGGUUUAUUAUUACAGGGUGUACAUAUCUGCUUAAGAACUUAUUAUCCUCAAUUAUACUGCUAAUCGGCAGCAAUGAAACGCAAAGUCCAUAUAUUGCAUUAAUGCUUUUAGAGUUUUAAAGCUGUAACAUAUUCAAAAUUUUCAUAAAUGUACUGUAAUCACGA